UUGACUUCAUACCAGUCAAGAACUUGUUGAAGAAAGAAUGCAAUAGCUUUAUUGAAUCUAUUUAAAGAAGGCAAAUUUUUAAAUACUUUGCCAUUAAAGUAAUUUAUAUUUAGUGUGUUAAGCCCAGUGUUUAGUUUUUAAGUAAGUAUAUGGAAGAAUGGCUUGCAAUUUUAUGACUCCACGUGCCGCGGAUGUAAAAUCGGCCUCCGACACCCUCUCAGAAGUAUCCGAGACAGGAACGGGUACGUCCGACUGGACUUCAGGAUGGGAUUCGAAGGAAGAUUUAAGAGACUUUAUCACCAAAAUCGGAGUGCAGGACGUCAACGAUUUGUAUCAGGAUCGUUUUAGAGUUGAUAGGAAAAAAUUGGAGCACAUGUUGAUUGGGGAUAAUGAGGCGCCUGAGCCUGCUGAUACAUUUUUUCAUAAGGUGAUGGAAAAUACAAAUACCUACAUUACGUGGCCAAGUAAGUUGAAAAUUGGGGCGAAAUCAAAAAAAGAUCCUCACGUCAGGAUUGCGGGCCGACCUGAAGAUGUGCAGAUAGCGAAGGAUCGAAUAAUCACCGUCUUAAACACUAGGAGUAGUCGAGUCACCAUGAAAAUGGAUGUCAGUUACACGGAUCACUCGCACAUUAUCGGUAAAGGAGGGUUAAGUAUAAAGCGUGUUAUGGAAGAAACGCGCUGUCACGUGCAUUUUCCCGAUUCGAACCGCUCAAAUCCCACUGAAAAGAGCAAUCAAGUUUCCAUAGCUGGGGACAUUGACGGCGUGGAGAAGGCGAGAAGUCGCGUGCGGAAUCUCACCCCUUUGAUUUUCUGCUUUGAGCUCCCAAUUAUGGGAUCAUCUCAUAAUAUGCCCGAUGGAAAUACACCAUACGUUGUUAAGGUGCAGCAACAAUACAAUGUCCAGGUGAUGUUUCGCACACGACCAAAACUCCACGCAACCUUGGUUAUGGUGAAAGGGGUGGAAUGGGAGGUGCAUCAAGUGAAGCAGGCUACCAUGAUGUUGGUGGAGUAUAUGUGCGAAAGUUUAACGAGUCAAAUACUUAUACAAAUGUCCAUGGAAAUCUCGCCUCACCAUCACUCGCUGGUGACCGGUAAAAAUCACAGCAACCUGAAGAUGAUCACCCAGAACACCAACACGCAAAUAAUGUUUCCGGACGCGCAAGAUCCCAACAUUCCAAGUUUAAAAAAGAGCAACGUCAUUAUAAACGGAAACAUUCACAAUGUCUACUGCGCUCGGCAACAGUUAAUGGGCUCCUUACCGUUGGUGCUGAUGUUUGAUUUACCCGAGGACACAAUGGAUCUGCCAAUCGAAUCCGAUCAGAUUGCCAAAAUUCAGAGUGCCCUAGACGUUACGAUCAGCAUCCGGCAUAAGGCUAAGCAAAAUACAAUGGCCUGCAUCAUUAAGGGAAUCGAACGAUACGCUAGUAACAUUUACGAAGCAAGAAAUCGUAUCUUGGACAUUAGAGAACCGACUAUUGUGGCAGACAUUCCACCUUCCUAUUUUCCACCACAAAAUAGUAAUAAUCAUUCGGAAAGCGCACCGACAAUAAAUAUACAGCCAGUUUCGCCCUUAAUGUCGCCUAUGAUUUCGCCAAACUGGCACUACCCACCUGCUUCGUACAAUCCACCCUUCGUCGGGAUGCUACAUCAGCCGCAGUUUACAUACAGCAUGAUGCACGGAUCUUUAGCUAGUAGCGGCUACCACUCGCUAGGGCAAUUUUCUAGCAGUUCACUAUCACUGGAGCACAGUCACGAAAGCGCAAGUCUAAAUUCAAUUUCAAGCGCUAGCCCCCUUUCAAGUCCGAAAGCAAGUCCGCGCCAUAACACAACUGCUAUUGGCCGAGGCAGUACAGACUCACCGAUUUCUGAUAAAUCAGAAGUGAACUCUGUUCUAUCAGACAUCAACAACGCAAACUACCAUGGGACGACGGUUUCGAAACGUUCUGAUAACAGUCCAGACUUUGACCAAAAACGACUAGCUGGAAUCAGAGCGAUGCAAAUGCGACCAUCUGGUGGAUACAGGGUUCCGACAAGUACUUGGUCGGGCUACGGAAUAAGCCAUACGAGCCCCGGAUCACUUCAGUUAGAGUCAAGUUCGAACAAGGAAGAUGACAUUUGGAAAACAACGGCGACGAAGUUAGACACGACAUUUUCAUCACCGUCCACUAGCGGUCUAAAUACAAGCAAUUUCCUCGAUCACACCCCAUCGAACGUAAUAAAUAGAAUAACAAGUUCUCACUGGCCUGACCUCAUCUCACUAUUAACUUCAAUUCGACUAGAAAAAUACGUUGGACUAUUUACAUCGCACGAGAUUGAUUUAACUACGUUCCUUUCAUUGACCGAUCAAGAUUUAAUCGAACUUGGCGUUACCGCCUUUGGUGCGCGACGUAAAAUGCUGUUGAUAAUUUCAGAACUUAACAAACGUUCGACGCCCUUCUCUGCGGCACCCGGAGCCGAACGUAAGAGCUCUUCUUCAACUUUAAGCAAUCACAGCAGCCCAAGAGAAAAUUGGUAAACAAAGUUUCUGACAAAUGAGCAAUUUCCCGGAUAACGAUGUGGGUUUAUGAGCAUGCAGACUGUAUAUGCAUGGAUGCAUGGUAAUCGUUGUAUUUAUUAUGGAGUGUAUCGUUUCUAGAUUAUAAGGGUGGCAAAAAUGAUAUUGCUUAUUUGUUGUAUUUUAUACAUUUAAUGAUGAAAUUUCAAAUUGAUAGACGCAAAUAAGUGGUAUCACUUUCUAGUUUAAGUAUACUAAUUAAUGUUUUAUAUGUCUGCAUAUAGGUAUAGGUACGUUAUAUUUAUACAUCCGCAGUCUUUUUACUCACUUUCGAAAUUUUUAUACUUUUGAAAACUUAGAUUUUUCACAUUUUAUUUAGAUAAAUAUUUUUUAAUGCGAAUUAUUGUUAGUGUCUCUAUUGAGCAAUUGAUUGGGUCUAUAUGUCUAAUGCCUACUAACACUGUGAUUUUAGCAUGUAAUGUAUGUUUAUAGUUAUAAGAAGGAAUGCACUAAAGGUACCUAUUUUAAAAGUUUGUUAAUUGUGAUUUAUUGAUCAAAAAUGAUUAUGAUGCUAUAGAUAUUGUUAAUGAAAU